UCCAAUCAGGCACGCAGUUGGGGCGGAAAGGGCGGCUUCUGCGAUGUGGCGGCGGCUUUGUGUCUUUCUGCAGCUGGAGUUUUAGGUCUCGUCUUUGCAGUCCUGUGUCCUCUGCUGCUAUAGGUCCAGCCUCUGUGGCCUUGUGAUGUGCUAGUACUGGAGAUCCACAGCUGAGAUGCCAGGACCCCCUGGAAGCCUAGAAAUGGGAGUGUUGACAUUUAGGGAUGUGGCCAUAGAAUUCUCUCAGAAGGAGUGGCAAUGCCUGGACACUGCACAGCGGAAUUUAUAUAGAAAUGUGAUGUUAGAGAAUUAUGGAAACCUGGUCUACCUGGGUAUUGCUACCUCUAAGCCAGACCUGAUCACCUGUCUGGAGCAAGGACAAGAACCUUGGAAUGUGAAGAGACAUGAGUUUGAAGCCAAACUCCCAGUUGCAUCUUCUUAUUUUGCCCAAGAUCUUUGGCCAAAGCAGGGCAUAAAAAAUUAUUUCCAAAAAGUGAUAUUGAGAAGAUAUAAAAAAUGUGGACAUAAAAAUUUUCAGUUAGGAGAAUGUUGUCAAAGCACGGAUGAGUGUAAGGUACACAAAAAAUGUUACAAUGGACUUAACCAGGUUUUGGCAACUACCCAGAGUAAAAUAUUUCAAUGCAACAAAUUUGUCAAAGUCUUUUAUAAAUAUUCAAAUUCAAACAGAUAUAAUAUAAGACAAAGUGGAAAGGAACCUUUGAAAUGUAAGGAAUAUAAAAUGUUAUUUUGCACACUUUCAGACUUAGCUGAACAUAAAAGAAUUUAUACCAGAGAACGACCCUACAAAUUUAAUGAAUGUGGCAAAGCCUAUAAUGAUGCCUCAAACCUUUCUACAUAUAAAAAAAUUUGUACUGGAAAGAAACCCGACAAAUAUGAAGAAUGUGGACAAACCUUUAACCAGUUCUUACACCUUACUACACAUAUGAGAAUUCGUACUGGAGAGAAAUCUUACAAAUAUGAAGAAUGUGGCAAAUCUUUUCGGUCAUUCUCAAACCUUAUUACACAUAAGAGAAUCCAUAUUGGAGACAAACCCUACAAAUUUGAGGAAUGUGGCAAAGCUUUUGUCCACUCCUCAAGCCUUACUUAUCAUAAGGGAAAUCAUACUGGAGAGAAAUGCUACAAAUGUGAGGAGUGUGGCAAAACUUUUAGCUGGCACUCGAGCCAUUCUAGACAUGAGAUAAUUUGUUCUGGAGAGAAACGCUACAAAUGUGAAGAAUGUAGUAAAUCUUUUAGGUGGCACUCCAGCUUUAAUACACAUAAGAAGAUUCAUACUGGCGAGAAAUCCUACAAAUGUGAGGAAUGUGGCAGAGCUUUUAGCCAAUCCUCAAUGCUCACUAGACAUAAGAGAAUUCAUACUGGAGAGAAACCCUACCAAUGUGAGGAAUGUGGCAAAGCUUUUAACCAAUCCUCAAUGCUCACUAGACAUAAGAGAAUUCAUACUGGAGAGAAACCCUACAAAUGUGAGGAAUGUGGCACAACUUUUAUUUACUCUUCAGCCCUUGCUAGACAUAAAAGAAUUCAUGCUGGAGAGAAAGACUACAAAUGUGAAGAAUGUGGCAAAUCCUUUAGGUGGCACUCCAGCUUUAAUACACAUAAGAAGAUUCAUACAGGAGACAAACCCUACAAAUGUGAAGAAUGUGGCAAAUCUUUUAGGUCGUUCUCAAACCUUAUGUCACAUAAGAGAAUCCAUACUGGAGACAAACCCUACAAAUGUGAGGAAUGUGGCAAAUCUUUUAGGUGGUUCUCAAAGCUUAUUACACAUAAGAGAAUCCAUAUUGGAGACAAACCCUACAAAUGUGAGGAAUGUGGCAAAGCUUUUAACCACUCUUCAGGCCAUGCUAGACAUAAAGGAAUUCAUGCUGGAGAGAAAGACUACAAAUGUGAAGAAUGUGGCAAAUCUUUUAGGUCGUUCUCAAACCUUAUGUCACAUAAGAGAAUCCAUACUGGAGACAAACCCUACAAAUGUGAGAAAUGUGGCAAGUCUUUUAGGCGGUCCUCAAGCCUUAUUAUACAUAAGACAAUCCAUACUGGAGACAAACCCUACAAAUGUGAAGAAUGUGGAAAAUCUUUUAGGUCGUUCUCAAACCUUAUUACACAUAAGAGAAUCCAUACUGGAGACAAACCCUACAAAUGUGAGGAAUGUGGCAAAGCUUUUAACUUCUCUUCAAGCCUUGCUAGACAUAAAGGAAUUCAUGCUGGAGAGAAAGAUUACAAAUGUGAAGAAUGUGGCAAAUCUUUUAGGUGCUUCUCAUACCUUAUUACACAUAAGAGAAUCCAUACUGGAGACAAACCCUACAAAUGUGAGAAAUGUGGCAAAUCUUUUAGGCGAUCCUCACACCUUAUUAUACAUAAGAGAAUCCAUACUGGAGACAAACCCUACAAAUGUGAAGAAUGUGGAAAAUCUUUUAGGUCGUUCUCAAACCUUAUUACACAUAAGAGAAUCCAUACUGGAGACAAACCCUACAAAUGUGAGGAAUGUGGCAAAGCUUUUAACUUCUCUUCAGGCCUUGCUAGACAUAAAGGAAUUCAUGCUGGAGAGAAAGAUUACAAAUGUGAAGAAUGUGGCAAAUCUUUUAGGUGCUUCUCAUACCUUAUUACACAUAAGAGAAUCCAUACUGGAGACAAACCCUACAAAUGUGAAGAAUGUGGCAAAUCUUUUAGGUGGCACUCCAGCCUUAACACACAUAAGAAGAUUCAUACUGGAGACAAACCCUACCAAAUGUGAGGAAUGUGGCAAAGCUUUUAACCAAUCCUCAACGCUCUCUAGGCAUAAGAGAAUUCAUACUGGAGAGAAACCCUACAAAUGUGAGGAAUGUGGAUAAGCUUUUGACGAAUCUUGAAAAGUUACUCCACAUAAGAUAAUUUGUACUGGGGAGAAAAUUUACAGGUGUGAAGAAUAUGGCAUAGCCUUUAUCCAGUCCUGAAAUCUUGCUAGACCUAAGGUAAUUCAUUAUGAAGAGAAAACCUCAAAGUGUGUAGAAUGUGGCAAAGCCUUUAACUAGUCCUCAAUUCUUAACAGACAUUUUAUGAUUCAUACUGGAGAUAAACUCUAGAAACCUGAAAGUUCUCACAGUGCUUAUGACAACACUUCAAACAUUUCUAAACAUCAAAGAAGUUGUGCUGGUGAGAAGUCAUAGAAAAGUAAAUAAUGUGAGAAAGCCUUUAAAUGAUUAUCAUGAUUGUAGGUAAGGUAAUUCAUACUGGAGAAAACUUCUACAAGUAUAAACAAUGUCACAAACCUUUUAAAUAAUGCUCACACCUUAUUGCACAGGAAAACAUUUGAGAACAAAUGUCCAAAUUAAUGAAAGUAAAAAAGUGGUAAAUAUAUGCCCACGAUCUUACUGUACAUGAAAGAGCUUAUACUUAAUAAAAGCAUUAAAAAUGGAAGUCUCUCAAAAGAUUCUUCAGAAAAUAUAAACCUUUAAGGUGCUGGGGAGCAUUUAUUUCAAAGGCAAACAUUACGAAUAUAAAGAGAGUUGUAGUAACUUUACUUGUAACAGACCUUGUUGUGCUUAUUAUGUGUUAGAGGCAAACCCUGAAGCAAUUGCUCAAACUUUGUUCGGCAUCAGAGAAUCCUGCAAAUGUAAUACAUUUGGGAAAGAAAGAUAUUAAUAGCUGCAGAAACUCCAGAGUGUUCAUACGAAAAAAUAUUUUUUUGCAGACAGAGUAAAUGGGAAAACAAUAUUUAAGGCACUAACACUUCAGACUUUUCACUAAAGCAGUGCUCUAUGUCUACAAUAUAAUCUAAAACUAAAGUUGGUAGAAAAGUUAUUUGUAUGCAACUUUAAAACAGUAGGAAUUUUUUUUUGUAGAGUUAUAAUUACAAGCAAUUAUAAUUAUAGACUUAUAAUUACUUUGUUUUGGCAAGACUACAGCUUUUUUUAAAGUAAAUAAUGUUGUAACUAACUCUCUACUUCAUACUAGUAAUGUUGUAAUUAACUCUUAAAUUACUUCAUGCUAAAACAAUGAUUAUUUUUUAGUUUUUUGCAACUCUGUCACCCAGGCUGUGGUGCAGUGGUGUGACCUCGGCUCACUACAACCUCCAACUCCCGGGUUUAAGUGAUUCUACUGCCUCAGCUUCCCAAGUAGCUGGGAGUACAGGCACAUAACACCACACACAGCUAUGCUUUAUAUUUUUAGUAGGGAUGGAGUGUUGGCAUGUUGGCCAGGAUGUUCUCAAAUUCGUGACCUCAAGUGAUCCACCAGCUCAGCCUUUCAACAUGCUGGGAUUACAGGUGUUAGUCACUAUGCCAGGCCCAUCCUGUUUCUGUAUUCCUAUUUAUACAUAAAAACAUGUGACCAAUUGUUGUUAUAUGAAAGAUAUGAGAAAUUGUUUUUAUUAGGUGAGAAUUUAUGACAUCUUUUAUGAAAGAGGAUAUUAAAAUGUAAGAUGCAUGAUGAAAAUCUAAGUAAAAAAAUUUUUUGUGGUUAACUUACAAUAUUGAGUGAUGUAUGAGGUAAGUGUUAAGAGUAGUAUUCUUGUGCAUUGCAUAAAGAGACAAAUAUUUUUAGUUUUAGUUAAAAUUAAUUUGGCUAGGUACUGUGGCUCACAUUGGUAAUUGCAGUGCUUUGAAAGGCUGAUGUGGGGGAGUCUGGAGUUUGAGAGCAGCCUGGCCAAUAUGGUGAAACUCUGUCUCUACUAAAAACACAAAAAUUAGCAAGGCAUGUUGGUGCAUACCUGUAGUCCCAACUACUUGGGAGGCUGAGGAAGAAGAAUUGCUGGAACCCAGGAAGUGGAGGUUGCAGUGAGCCCGGAUUGUGCCACUGCACUCCAGACUGGGUGACAGAGUGAGACUGCAUUUCAAAAAUUAUUAAAAUCAAUUGGUAGUACAUGAUUUUACUAAUUGUACUUUCAUGAAACACAAUGUAGCACAUUAAAAAAAUUUUAGAUUAUUUAUGAAUUCUUCAACAUUUCACAUGUUAAAUAUUGUGCAUUAAAUUAAGUCUUGAUAUUCCACUUACUUUAACCUCGUUCCCUUUUCUCAAGUGUGUUGGUAUAAGAUGGUAAGAUGAUGGAAUAACAUCUCUAAUGUUUUUUGCCAAUGGCUUAAAACUUCCAAUAAGUUAAGAAUAUUGUUUCCACAGGUAACAGUUUUUCCUCUUUUCUUUUACCUUUAAAUUUAUUUCUGUUAAUUUUUGUGGGUAUGUAAUAUUUAUGUUAUAUAUACAUAUUCUGAUAGAGGUAUACAACAUAUAAUAAUCACAUUUGGUUAAGUGAGAUACUCGUCACCUCUAGAACUUAUUAUUUGCAUUGCAGCCAAUUUACUUCUAUGGUUUACUUCUACAGAAUCAUUUUUGGAAUAGGAAAAAUUAUAUACAAUUAUAAAUAAAAUUUACACCUAUCUGAGUCCUGAAUAAAUACCUUUCAAAAUGUAUUAUAUAUUUUUCUUUGAAUACAUGGCCUCUAUGCUUGCAAACACACUGACUUUUAGUUUUCAUUUGCAUAGAGUUAAACAUACACAUUUAUUCUAAGUAUAAACUGUAGGUGUAAACAAAUUGUAAAUUAAUUGUGUUUGAGAAUUAGUUUAUAAGUAUUUUCAGAAUCAGAUAUCAAUAUUGAAAGAAAACAAAUAAUUUUAAUAAGGUGUCUAAUUUUCUGUUUCUUUCUUUUUUAUUUUAUUUUUUUUUUGAAACAGAGUGUUGCCCUGUUGCCCAGGCUGGAGUGCAGUGGCAUGAUGUCAGCUAACUACAACUUCCACCUCCCAGAUUCAAACAAUUUUCCAUUCUUAGGCUCUCCAGAAACUACAGGUGUAGGCCACCACACCUGUAUUUUUUGUACAGAUGGUGUUUCACCAUAUUGAUCAGGCUAGUCUUGAACUCCUGACCUCAAGUGAGUCCACCCACCUUUGCCUACCAAAGUGCUGGGAUUACAGGUGUGAGUCACCAUACCCAGCCAGAUAUCUGAUUUUUUAGAAUACAAAAAUACACAAAAAUGCUGAAUGCAAAUCUUUAUUUUUUUCUUUCUUUCUUUUUUUAAAUAUACAAUUCAGUCCCCAUAGAGACUGCGAGAAAUUGCCAGUGCUGGCUAAAUUUCACCUCCUCCCAGUGGGGUAUUGGGGAAAGUUUUCAAUUCCAUUAAUCGUGCCUUGGAUAAACCUCAUUGACUAUGAUAGUGCUACAGCACAAAGCUGCAAAUCUAUACUUUCUAGUGUGCAUUGAAUUUAUUACUGUAAUAUAUUAUGGCUUAUGGUUCAGAAUCUUCUCAGACAAAUUAUCUGUUUUUACUUGCCUGAUACUUAUGUUAGACCCAUGAGUUUCUUGUUUAUUAUAUAUAUAUUUUUUUGCAGUUUACAAAGUACUAAGUUUGUGAGCUGCUCUGUGAUUAUAAAAAUGAUUUUAGUGAAAUUUAGUCAUAGGCCAGACACAGUGGCUCAUACCUGUAAUCCCAGCACUUUGGGAGGCCAAGGUAGACAAAGUAUGUCUAUCUUGGUCAGAAUUUUGAGAUCAGCCUGGCCAAAAUGGUGAAACCCCAUCUCUACUGAAAAUAUAGAAAUUAGUGGGGCGUGGUGGUACAUAACUGUAAUUUCAGCUAUUCAGUAGGGUGAGGUUGGAGAAUAGCUUUAACCCAGGAGAUGGAGUUUGCAGUGAGCCAAAAUUGCACCACUGCCAUCUAGGCUGGGUGACAGAAAAAGAUUCUUUAAGAAAGAAAAAGAAAAAAAAUUAGUUAUACACACAAAAUAAUUUUAGCUGUAAUUCCAAAAUUAGUGUAUUGAAUUUUAUUUAGUUGGAACAUUCAAUUUUGUUCUUUUAUUUGGAGAACCCUAUAUAAGCCUACUUCUCAUAAGUUAUUAUUUUUUUCACUUUGUAUAAUAGACAUGAGUAAAUGUAUUUAUUGAUUGGGUCAAUUUGUUUAGGUAAGCACUAAGGGAGCUUCAGAAGCCAUGAGAAUGUUUUUACAAUAAAUGUGGCAGUGCUUGCUGUGUAGCUGAUUCUCCAUAAUAAGGCAUAAAUUUGUCUGGUUUAAUUUAGUUUGUAACUUCACGUUUGAGGUAGAAAAUAUCAAAGGUAAACAAACAAGAUUUGAUUCUUCAUGUGGAGAGGACAUUUUUUCCAUGCUGCAAAGCUGAAUUUUGCUGAAUUUAAAAAGAAAUUCAGCUGUAUUUAUUUCCUAAUCAUCUUAAGUUUCAUUUGUCAUUUUAUGUGUAUUCCUGCCAUGGAUACAUCAUAGCUCUUCUUCCUUUCCUGUGUUAAUGGCUACAAUUUUUCCACUGUUUUCUUCACGCUAUGUCAUUUCACAUGGCAUUUUGAGGGUUUUGAUGAGAACUUUGGUGUUUUCUAAUGCCCUGAAGAACUGGUUUCAAGUGGAGAGUGUGCUUAUAAAUAUAACUUUCAGAUCAUUUAAGAUAAGAGCAUACACUGUCCACAGGUGAGAGGGGUAAAUCAGUUAGCAUGGUGCUUUAUUGCUUGUGUAGAAAAAGGCUCACUAGAUUCUUACCCAAAGUGAGACAAAUAGAAAGUUUGCUAGAAAAUAUAUUAUAGAAAUUAAAGUUUUAAGAGAGUUUAUGGUAAGUGAACCAUAAUAAAUUGUUAUUUUUUUUUCUUAGAUGAAGUUUUGCUCUGUCACCUGGGCUGGAGUGCAAGUGGCACAACCUGGGAUCUGUGCGACAUACUUUACCCAGGUUCCAGGGAUUCUUUCACAUAAGUCUCCUGAGUAGUUGGAAUUACAGGCACCCUACAUCAUGCCUGGCUACUUUUUACUUUUUUUUUUUUAAUAGAAAUGGAAUUUCACCCUGUUGGCAAGGUUGAUUUUGAACUCCUGACCUUAGGUUAUCCUCCUGCCUCGACCUUCCAAAGUGCUGGGAUUAUAGGUGUGAGCCUCCUCGUCUUGUUUAAAUUUAAUUUCUUAUGGUAUAGCACAACUUGCAUUUUCAGGCAGAAUCUUAUGUUUUUACAUGUAAAUGUUAAAGGUUGCAAAACAAUAAAAUGACCUCUAUGUAUUUGGAAUAAUAUUUCCUUUUUCAUAUUGAUAUUUCAAUGUUGAGGAAUUUCUCUUGUUUUACAAAUUAUAUUCUAGUGGAUGAAAGUUAGUCUACAGUUUUAUUCUUAGACACCUAAGUGUAACCCCAAUUAUUUUCUCUGGAAAACUUUUGAAAAUCAUGGCAGCUUUCAGAUUAAAAUGUUUUUUGUUAUUGUUCAUGUAAAUUAGUUUACUGUGUUUACAGAGUGGUCAGUCAUGGGACCGUAAGUAACACUUGACUUUUUAGUGUCUUACUUUCCAUUACCAUUAGCACCAGAAACCCCAGGUGCUCCAAGCUUCAAAUAAAGGACUAAAGUACAUUGGCUCCUCCGAUGCACUGUGUUGGGUUUGAAACUUGCUGUCAAGCAUCAAAGUUUUAAUGGUUAUGACUGAUAAGUGACAGAAACAGCACAAACAUUAUUUUUAUACUCUUCAGCCGAGUUUAUGAUAAAGACUUAGACAUGAUUUUAAAUAUUGUCAUCUUUUUAUAAGGUUUUAAGAGUAUAUUCUCUAACUUGAAAAAAAUGUGUGUAUAUAUAUAUUUUUGUAAUAAAAUGACAUUUUGAAGUGUAUACACAUGGUCAAAUGCUUAGCUCUGGGUCCAGCUAAUUGUUGUAAUUUUAGUAGAGAUGGGGUUUCACCAUGUCGGCCAGAAUGGUGUUGAUCUCUUGACCCUGUGAUCUGCCCACCUCUGCCUCCCAAUGUGCUGGGAUUACAGAUGGGAGCUACCGUGCCUGGCCUGUUUUUAAGAAUUUUUAUCAUGUCACUGAUAUUUUUAUUGAGGUUGCAUUAUAUCUGUAGAUCAUUUUGUGUAAUACAAAUAUUUAAUAAUAAUGGCAGUUCAGUUAAAUGUAUUUCAAAGUAUAGUUGCUACAGUUAUGGUAGAUGAAAUUGUUUUUUAAAUUUAUUUUGAGAUAGUCGUUAGCUUAUAAAAAUGCUACUCAGAGGCCUGGAGUGGUGACUCAACUCUGUAAUUCCAGCACUUUAGGAGGCCAAGAUGGGCAGAUCAUGAUGUCACGAAUUCAAGAACAGCCUGGCCAAUAUGGUGAAAGCCUGUCUCUAGUAAAAAUACAAAAAUUAGCCCAGCGUGAUGGUGCAUGCCUUUAAUCCCAGCUACUUUGGAGGCUGAGGCAGGAGAAUUGCUUGAACCUAAAAGACAGGUGGCAGUGAGCUGAGAUCAUGCCACUGCACUCCAGCCUGUGUGACAGAGCUAGACUUUAUCUCAAAAAAUAAUAAUAACAAUAUUUAUAAUAAGUAGUUCUAAGAAAACUGGUUAGUCUUAUUGCAGAAAAGAGUGGACUUUUUAUCUUUCCAUAUAGAAAAUAUAAGGCAAGAUAGCUUAUUGACUUAUCUGUGAGUCUUCAAGUUACAAAUUUCUAUGAGAACACUUAGUACUCUUCUAAACACUGGCCUCUGGGAUGAAUUUCUGAAUAACAUGUUAAAACUGAGUGGAAAAGAAUAAAAAUCAAAACUGCAUCUAAUUAAACUAAAGAGCUUCUGCACAGCCAAAGAAACUAUCCACAAAGGAAACAGACAGUCUGUAAAGUAUUUUCAAAAUUCAUACAAGUGAUUAAUAUAUAGAAUCGAUGCAAAAGUUAAUUUUUAAAAUCAGAAAAAUGAUAUAGAUACUUCUCAAAAACAUAGUUGCCAAUAAAUAUUGAAGAAAUGCUUAACAUCAAAUCAUUAGAGAGAUGUAAAUCAAAAUGACAAAGCAUUACCAUUUUACACCAGGUAGAAUGGCUGUUGUUAUAAGUCACAAAAUAACAUGUUGACAUUGUGGAGAAAUAGGUUUCGUUAUAAAUGUUGAUGGGAAUGCAAUAAAAUUUAGCCCCCGUGGAAAGAAGUUUGGGGAUUUCUCAAAGAACUGAAACUAGAGUUGUCAUGUAACUCGUCAGCCUCAUCACUGCCAAAGGAGAAUAAAUUAUUUUGCCAGGAAGACACCUGCACUCAGAUGUUUAUUGUAGCAAAAUUCACAAUAGCAAAAGAUGGAAUUAAACAGCGUGCUUAGAAAUCUUAUGUUGGAUAAGGAAAGUGAGGCACUUCUACAGCAUGCAAUACUGUGCAGCCACAGAAAGAAUGAAGUCGCGUCGUUUGCACAACAUGAGUGGAGCAGAAGGUCAUUGCUGUAAGCAAAUUAACAGAUCAGUGAAACAAACAGCACAUGUUUUAACUUAUGUGUGGUAGGUAUAAAUUGGGUACAGAUGGAAACAAAGAUCAAAAUAAACAAAAAACUAAAUGUCUAAACAUGGAGGAACAAAGGGAGACAAGAAUUGAAAAACUACUUUCAGGUGUGAUGUACAUUAUUACUCUUUGGUGAAAAGUGGCAGGGGAUUUCAUCACAUUUUCUUAAGAAUAAACCAUUUUUGAAAAUAUCAGGCUGUGAAAAUUAUGUCAAAUUAUUGAGUUAAAACUUUUUUUUUUUUUUAAAGCAUAGUUUUAUGACCGUAGCCCAAGAAUGAUGAAACAAAGAGUGGGUUAAGCUCACACUGCUGCAGUCAUUCCAUCACAGUCAUUCUCAUCAAUAAAUAAUAACAGAUCAAAAGGAAUUUUUAGAAUAAUUUUUUUAUUCUAUCAACGUGUUAAAUUUUUAUUUGCUUCAUUUUUUUUUCUUUUUUGAGAUAGAGUUUCACUCUUGUCACCCAGGCUGGAGUGCAAUGGCAUAAUCUGGGCUCAUUGCAACCUCUGCCUCCUGGGUUGGCCUCAAACUCCUGACUUCAAGUUAUUUGCAUGCCUCUGCCUCCAAAGUGUUGGGAUCAUAGUUGUAAGCCACCCUGCCUGGGACAAAAUUCUUAUAUUAAAAACAUCUCCAGCAAUUUAAUAGGCCUGAGAUUUGGAAAAAGAAAAAGUUGUUGACUCAUCAUUUAUUAAUAUGAGGUUAAACUAAAAAAUUAUAAAUAUAUUGUACAGAAAAUUAGAUAAAAUUAGUUAAAUUUCUGCAAAAAAUCUGAUUAAAACAGGACUUCUGGAUAUUUAGAAACAACUGGCAGAGCACAAUGGCUCACUCCUGUAAUCUCAGCACUUUGGGCAGCUGAGAUGGGUGGACCAUGAGGUCAAGAGUUUGAGACUAGUGUGGCUUUUAUGGUGAAACCCCAUCUCUUCUAGAUAUAGGAAAAUUAGCCAGUCAUGGUGGCAAGCGCCUGUAGUCCCUGUUACUCAGGAGGGUGAGGCAGGAGAAUCACUUAAACCUGGGAGGCAGAGGUUAUAGUGAGCGGAGAUAAUGCCACUGCACUCCAGCCUGGUGACAGCGAGACUCCAUCUCAAAACAAACAGAAAACUCACUAAAUUACUGAUUUAAAAUAUUUAUUUUUAACAAGGUUUUGAUCUUAUAUAUUUAAAAACUAAGUGAAACCUGUUACUAAUAGAUUUGACUUUUUAAAUGUUUGUGAAUGUCACUGUAUUAAAAAUCAUUUAAGUCUACUUUCUAAAUAAUUUUGAUUAAAAUAUCUGUGAUUUAAUUGAAUGCCAGUAUUUAUAUGGUGUGCCAAACCACCCAUUUCUUUACUGUUCUACGAUUUUAUAAAAUAAGCCUAAGUUUCUGAAGACUUUUUUAAAGAAAUCGAUCUUUUUCUACAAAAAGAUGUAGACAUCAAAAAUAGAGAUGUUAGUGUCAUAUGCAUAAUUUGCUGAACUCUACAGUAAUUUGUGACGUUCUUCUGUGUAUAGCAGUGUUAGAUUUUCUAAAACAAAAUGAAGGAUUUUUAAAAUGUUACAUUUAAUAAAGUCCAAAAUAUGUUCAGAGAGACAAAAGCCGUGGCUGCCACAUUAGAGAAGAAAUGUUUCCGCACAGCACACUGUUCUGUGUAUGCACAGAUGGAAAACCAGACUUUGAGUUUAGCUUAAAUCAUACACAGCGUUAGUUGUGAGUCUUGAGCCUUAAACAUGUAUAAUAAAUAUAUACAGUUUACUCUUUUCAAUUUAAAAUAUUUUGUACUUCAACACUUCAAGUAAUGUAAGACUAUCAUAAAUUUCAUAAGCCAUGCAAGUGUCAACUGCAUUUUCAAAUUAUAAAAAGGUUUUAAAAGUAAACUUAACCAUGACAGUUUAGUUAAAAAAAAAAAUUGUAUUUGUUAAUGUGGUUGUAGCUUGCUCAGUUGUGACCGUGAUGGUAUUUACUGUCAUGGGGAUGGUGGAAUCGGGUGGACCAGAAUCGUCAGCACCUUGCUGUGUCACUGCUGUGCUUUCUGUGGCUAAGAUUCAUUUCCCAGACUUUUUUGUCGACUCUGUUUCCAUCAUGCUGUGAACCGUUUCUCAGUGCUUUAGCAUCUGCCUUUGGUUUCUGCUAAUUUUCUUAGACUUUCAUUUCUCUUGUUCAUCUCUGGUGGUUGCUUUGCUGCUCAACUUUGAGAAGUUCAGGCAGCUUCACCCUUAGCCACUCCAACAGUCCAUCCAUUUGGCUGAAGCUCUGGGGCAGUUUCUCUUGGUUCUUCUGUUUCUGGUGUCAGAAAUUUGUCAGCAGGGCUGAAUUUUCAGGAACCAUGGCUACUGCCUCCUGCCCCCCUGCAGGGUGUCUCCUGUACUUGUUACUUGUGCUGGUUUCAGCCGCUGCCCAGUCUAGCACAGAAUGAAACAGCAGCAGCUGGAGCACCCAUGCCCGGUGUCGCACAGCCUGGGGAUGGCUUAGUGGCAACCCUGGGUCGAGUCCCAGCUCCAAGCACAGAAAGUGGACGUUAACCAAAGCAUUUCCUGGGAGAGAUGUCUCAGACUGGGAGGCCAGUUUAUUCUACCAGCUUCCUGCUGCCACCUCCCCUUCCAUCAAAAGGACACUCAGGAAGGCGCAGGGACACAGACACUGUGAGGAGUCCAGGGAAGUGAUAAAGGUCUCGGCCAGAGAGCUUCAGACCCAGCACAGGAUAUUGUCCCUCAUGCCUGAGCAGAGAUCAGCCACUGCCACUGAGGGGACUACAGAGACCCAGGCUCCCCAGCCAGCCUCCAUCUGCACCAGAAGAGGAGAAAACUAUUUCCAAAAAUCAAGUUUUUAUUCUUUUCUCUGUUUUCCUUUUUUCAAUGUCUUUUUCUCUCAAGUUAUGCUCACCUGAUGGAAGAUUUUAUGUUUCAUCUUCACAUGAACAUUUAAAUGUAGUUAUACUGGUCACAAAUUAAGACUAUAAAUUGUACUUUACUUUGCCUAAGAAUCCUGGGGUAACAUUAAACUUUCAAUAGUGCUUUCUGAA